AUGUUAAAAGUAUUUCAACAGAAAAAAACAUCAGCAAUUCCAUUUGCUUAUCAAUAUUUAUUAUCCGUUCCUCCUAGUUAUGAAUUCGAGAAAACAGACAAGCAUUGGCCUCUUCUCUUAUUCUUACAUGGUGCUGGAGAAUCGCAUGCUCCAAUUGAAAAAGUUCUACAACAUGGUCCUCCAAAAUUGGUUAAUGCUUAUUCAUCCAACAAACAAGAUAAUCCAUCGGUGGAUAAUAUCAAUAUGGAAUGUGCACAGUUAGUAGCCGAAAACUUUAUUACAUGUAGUCCACAAGUUGAUCGAGGUUAUGGAUGGGAUUCCAAGGUCUUGUCAGUACUUUUGGAUGAAUUAGAACGAACAUAUUGUAUUGACAAAAAUAAAAUAUAUGUGACUGGUAUCAGUAUGGGUGGUUAUGGUACAUGGUCCCUCGCAAUAGCUCAACCCACUCGGUUCGCUGCCAUCAUUCCUAUAUGUGGUGGUGGCGAUCGUCAGCGUAUUUCACUUUUGAAACAUCUACCCAUAUGGAAUUUUCAUGGGACAUUAGAUGAUGUAAUACCAGUUGAAGAAUCGUUAUUAUUAAUUAAAGCAUUGAAUAGUCCACUUUGUCAAUCAACAGUUUAUCCGAAUUUAGAACAUGAUUCAUGGACAGAAACAUACAAUAAUCCAGAAAUUUACAAAUGGCUACUUGAACAAACUAAAAAUACAUAA